AUGAACCGCGAUAAAAAACUUUUUAUAAAAGAAAAAGUUCAAGAAUUAAGAUUAGAACUGUCAGAUGAGAAAAAAGAUAAAAAGCAUACGAGAAAAAAGAUGGUUCUAAAGAAAAUUAUAGCAAAUAUGACGAUGUCAAACGAUAUGUCGUCCUUAUUCCCAGAUAUUAUUCAAUGUAUGGAUAUCCCAGUUCUCGAAAUAAAAAAAAUGUGUUUUUUAUUCUUGAUUAACUAUUCAAAAUUAAAACCAAAUAUGGCACUACAAGCUCUUCCUAUUUUAAUUAAAGAUCUUAAUGACAAAAAUCCUUUAAUUCGUUCGCUGGCUUUAAGAACAAUGUCUUAUAUUAAUAUUAAAGAAUUCACAAAUUCCAUCAUUAUACCAUUAUAUCAAUUAUUGUCUGAUUCUGACCCAUAUGUCAGAAAAACUGCAGCAAUAUGUGUUGCAAAACUCUAUUGUAUAAAUAAAAGUAUUGUUGAAGAAAAUAAUCUCAUAAACGAGCUUAAAAAAAAGCUUCAUGACACUAAUUCAAUUGUUGUUUCUAGUUCUUUAUUAUCAUUAAGUCAAAUUUCCGAGCAUUCAGAUUCUAUAAAGUUAGAUAUUUCAACAUCAUAUGCAAACAAAUUGGCAAAUAUGCUUGAUGGAUGCGCAGAAUGGAAUCAAAUUUACAUUCUUGAAGCUUUAAUAAAUUAUAUACCUCAGGAAGAAAAUGAUGCAGAAAUCCUUGCAGAAAAAAUUACACCUCGCUUACAACAUUCUAAUACGUGUAUUAUUUUCACAACAAUAAAAAUUAUAUUAUAUUUAAUGAACUACAUGCAUAAUGAAAACACCAUUAAAGUUUUAUCUCGGAAAUUAUUUUCUUCUUUAAUUAUUCUUCUUUCAAAAGAUUAUGAGAUAGAAUAUAUUACCCUUAAAAAUGUACAAAUAAUACUUCAGAAAAUACCAAACAUAUUUGAAAAUAAUAUUGAUAUUUUUUUCUGCAAAUAUAACGAUCCAUUAUACAUUAAGUUAGCAAAACUUGAAAUAAUUACAAAGAUAGCAAAUAAAGAAAACAUAGACAGUAUUAUUUCAGAACUUAAAGAUUAUACUGCUGAAAUAGAUAAAAACUUUGUUAAAAAAUCUAUUCAAUCUGUUGGCAUUCUUGCAAUUAAAUUUGAAAGUAUAACAGAAAGAUGCAUCAACAUUUUAUUAGCUCUUAUUGAAACAAAAAUACCAUAUAUAAUUCAGGAAUCUAUAUUGGUAAUAAAAAAUAUAUUUCGAAAAUAUCCUAAUAAAUAUGAAUCAAUAAUUUCAAUAAUAUGCAGUAAUUUAAACAACUUUAAUGAUCCAGAAGCAAAAGCAGCAGUGAUAUGGAUAAUAGGACAAUAUUCAAAUAUGAUUGAAAAUUCACAUCAACUUUUAAAUAAUUUUUUUUCUACAUUUUCGGAUGAAACUCUUGAAGUUCAAUUUGCGCUUUUAACAGCCUCCGCAAAGUUAUAUAUUCAACAAUCACAUGAUAAUCAAAAUUUUAUCUUAUCUUUAUUAAAAAAAGUUAUAGAAGAUACCGGCAAUCCAGACCUUCGAGAUCGUGCCUAUAUGUAUUGGAAAUUAUUAUUAGGAGAUAAUUAUACGGCUAAAAAAAUUAUUAUGGAAAAUAUUCCAUCUAUUACACUUCCUUUACAAAAUUUUGAUCAGAAAACUCUUGAUGAACUAUGUCUUAAUUUGGGCUCUUUAUCUAAUAUUUACUAUAAAACUCCAUCACAGCUAAUAGCCGGCUCCAAAGUUAAAGAAAUACAAAGUAGUAAAGUUUUACGUAAUCGUUUUAAUCUAAAAAAAUCCUUAAAUCAAUAA